AUGUUCUCCAAGGCAUUCAUCGCGUUUGCCGUACUUCUCGGCCUGGUCAGCGCCGCUUCUCAAGUCUACAACAUUGACAAGUUUUCCCAAGAGGCUCGACGUUUCCGUCGAUUCGUGUGCGAAAAUCAAGUGAUCCCCUUUCUAGGCGUGGCUUGUGGCGCGAGGAAGAAUGUGCGUCGCACGGAUAUCAAGGCGGUUUUGGACACGACCGGCGCUGGAACACUCUCCUUCUAUGGGCUGAACAACGCGGAUACUCUGGACGCCGCCAUCUCGGAUAAAGCCAACAUUCCGCUGGUUUCCAAGCUGACCAGCGGCUCCACGUCCGUCAGUGUCAAGACCUAUUUGAAGGUGCAACGACGGGAAAACCUGGUCGACGAAGAAGGACGGCCCGACGACCGCUUCUACCUCCACCGUGCCAACGACCGCUGCCGGAAAAAGUUUCAUUAUCUCACCACAGUUGUGAAGGCUGGGAACUUCAGACGAAUACCUGAUGUCUUUAUGAGCGCCAUGUCGCAAGUUGAGAUUAAAAUACUACAUCGACUAUGGCAUAAAUGCACUCUG